AUACUCAGUGGGACAUAAUCUGAGUGGGGAUGGAAAUGGUCCUGGCAGGCUGUCAGGCAUAGGACCUUGGUGUGGUCCCUAGUAGAGCACAGGGAUGAAGAAGACUCUUACUUGUUUUUAUGAGUUACCAGACAGCUUGGAAGAUGUAGGAGAAUAGUGCAGUGAUUGUGGCCCUGUUUCUUUAUUUGCUCUAUAGUAUUCUUACAUAAAUUCUUAAUGAAUAAAUUAUCAUGUAAGCAAUUCAGAUAAAACAAAAGAACUUGGAUUUUUUUUAGUUAUGUGAGCUUUCUAUUGCACAAGCAGAGAAUUUAGUAGACAGUUUUAGCAUACUUUCAGCUAUUGGUUCAUGAAUUUCUAGUAUGUUUCACUAGGCUGGUGUUUUUUUCACCUUGACCUCUGUCUAAGUAUGGAUUAUCACUGCACAUGAUCCCACUUUACCAUAAAUCUGUUGGCCUCAGAAGAGAAGUCAAAGGCACUAUGAUUCAUUUGAAUCAAAACUUGAAUGAAGCUAAAAGGCAAUCUAUACAACCAUUAAAAUAAUUUACAAGCAGUGGAUAGUAUGUCCCAUUUUUAUAAGGGAAGAAAACUGUUAUGAAGGGAACAUUGACAACUUUUUUAUAUACAGUUGGAAAAUAGGCCCUACCCUCAGGAAAUACUCAGAUAAUUACAGUUCAGGUUGGUUAAUACUCUAAUAGAAAUAAGCAUAGAAUUCUCAUGUAAUACAUAAGAUAGGGCACCUAACCUGGUUUAAAUGGGCCCAAGAAAGUUUUUUAAAGGCAGAUAUGCUGAACCAAGGCUAUAUAGUAUCGGUAGGAGUUAGGUGAAUGGGUAGAAAGAGGGAGGAAGAAAAAGAAUUUUGGGUAUAGAAAACAAAAUGUAAAGGCUGGUUAUAUGAAUCAGACUGUUGUGUUCAGUGACCUCUAAGCAGAGAGAAAUUACUGGAUUGUGAUGUUAAGGAAGGGAGUCCCAUGAGAAGAGGAACCUGGAGAGAGGCUUUAGUCUAAGGUCAAAUCAUAGAAUCAUGUUGUCAAUGAGCUUAAACUUAGUGCUAUCUAUAGUGGGAAAUAUCAAGCAGCUGUAAGUACAAGAGUGAUGUCAACUUUUUGGUUUAGAUUUCAACACUAAACUUGCACAAUGUCUUUGAAACCAAGAGUAGUAGAUUUUGAUGAGACAUGGAACAAACUUUUAACGACAAUCAAAGCUGUUGUCAUGUUGGAAUACGUUGAAAGAGCAACAUGGAACGAUCGCUUCUCAGAUAUCUAUGCUUUAUGUGUGGCCUAUCCUGAACCCCUUGGAGAAAGACUUUAUACAGAAACUAAGAUUUUUUUGGAAAAUCACGUACGGCAUUUGCACAAGAGAGUUCUGGAGUCUGAAGAGCAAGUACUUGUUAUGUAUCAUAGGUAUUGGGAGGAGUAUAGCAAAGGUGCAGACUAUAUGGACUGCUUGUAUAGGUAUCUCAACACCCAGUUUAUUAAAAAGAAUAAAUUGACAGAAGCUGACCUUCAGUAUGGCUACGGUGGUGUAGAUAUGAAUGAACCACUUAUGGAAAUAGGAGAGCUAGCAUUGGAUAUGUGGAGGAAAUUGAUGGUUGAACCACUUCAGACCAUCCUUAUCCGAAUGCUGCUCCGAGAAAUAAAAAAUGAUCGUGGUGGAGAAGACCCAAACCAGAAAGUAAUCCAUGGGGUUAUUAACUCCUUUGUUCAUGUUGAACAGUAUAAGAAAAAAUUCCCCUUAAAGUUUUAUCAGGAAAUCUUUGAGUCUCCCUUUCUGACUGAAACAGGAGAAUAUUACAAACAAGAAGCUUCAAAUUUAUUACAAGAAUCAAACUGCUCACAGUAUAUGGAAAAGGUUCUAGGUAGAUUAAAAGAUGAAGAAAUUCGAUGUCGAAAAUACUUGCAUCCAAGUUCAUAUACUAAAGUGAUUCAUGAAUGUCAGCAACGAAUGGUAGCAGACCACUUACAGUUCUUACAUGCAGAAUGUCAUAAUAUCAUCCGACAAGAGAAAAAAAAUGACAUGGCAAAUAUGUAUGUCUUACUUCGUGCUGUGUCCACUGGUUUACCUCAUAUGAUUCAGGAGCUGCAAAAUCAUAUCCAUGAUGAGGGCCUUAGAGCAACCAGUAAUCUUACUCAGGAAAAUAUGCCAACACUAUUUGUGGAGUCAGUUUUGGAAGUACAUGGUAAAUUUGUUCAACUAAUCAACACUGUUUUAAAUGGUGAUCAGCACUUUAUGAGUGCAUUGGAUAAGGCCCUUACAUCAGUUGUAAAUUACAGAGAACCCAAGUCUGUUUGCAAAGCACCUGAACUGCUUGCCAAGUACUGUGACAACUUACUAAAGAAGUCAGCGAAGGGGAUGACUGAGAAUGAAGUAGAAGACAAACUCACGAGCUUCAUCACUGUUUUCAAGUAUAUCGAUGAUAAAGAUGUUUUUCAAAAGUUCUACGCAAGAAUGCUGGCGAAGCGUUUAAUUCACGGGUUAUCUAUGUCUAUGGAUUCUGAAGAAGCCAUGAUCAAUAAAUUAAAGCAAGCCUGUGGUUAUGAGUUUACCAGCAAGCUUCAUCGGAUGUAUACAGAUAUGAGUGUCAGUGCUGAUCUCAACAAUAAGUUCAACAAUUUUAUCAAAAAUCAAGACACAGUAAUAGAUUUGGGAAUUAGUUUUCAAAUAUAUGUUCUACAGGCUGGUGCAUGGCCUCUUACUCAGGCUCCUUCAUCUACAUUUGCAAUUCCCCAGGAAUUGGAAAAAAGUGUACAGAUGUUUGAAUUAUUUUACAGCCAGCAUUUUAGUGGAAGGAAACUUACAUGGUUACAUUAUCUCUGUACAGGUGAAGUUAAAAUGAACUAUUUGGGCAAACCAUAUGUAGCCAUGGUUACAACAUACCAAAUGGCAGUUCUUCUUGCCUUUAACAACAGUGAAACUGUCAGCUAUAAAGAGCUUCAAGACAGCACUCAAAUGAAUGAAAAGGAACUGACAAAAACAAUCAAAUCAUUACUUGAUGUGAAAAUGAUUAACCAUGAUUCAGAAAAGGAAGACAUUGAUGCAGAAUCUUCAUUUUCAUUAAAUAUGAACUUUAGCAGUAAAAGAACAAAAUUUAAAAUUACUACAUCGAUGCAGAAAGACACCCCACAGGAAAUGGAGCAGACUAGAAGUGCUGUAGAUGAGGACCGGAAAAUGUAUCUCCAAGCUGCUAUAGUUCGUAUCAUGAAAGCACGAAAAGUACUUCGGCAUAAUGCCCUUAUUCAAGAGGUGAUUAGCCAGUCAAGAGCUAGGUUUAAUCCUAGUAUCAGCAUGAUUAAGAAGUGUAUUGAAGUUCUGAUAGACAAACAGUACAUCGAACGCAGCCAAGCGUCAGCAGAUGAAUACAGUUACGUAGCGUGAUGUCGCUCUCCUCUAGUGUGGGUGUGAGAAGAUCAUUGCCAUCACCAUUUGGUGUGUUCCUGUGGGAAAAAGCAGGCCUGUGCCUCCAUAAUUUGGUCAUUUGGCAGCCCCUGUUUUUCUGCUGUUUACAACAUCACCAGUGCCACGUCAUGAGCGUCAGAGAAAAUGCCUAGAGAUAUUUCAAGCUCAUGUCAUUAUGACAUUUCUUAAAACUUUAUUAAAAGAAUGAGUGAAGUAUUGCUGAAAUGUGGAAAUUUGGUUGGGUACCAUGCUUUUUCUCCCCUUCACGUUUGCAGUUGAUGUGUUUUUUUUUUUUAAUGUAUCUUAAAGGACAUAAAAUAAAAAACUUAAAUAUUGUAAUAUGACAGAUAACCUAAUAAUUGUAUCUACAUUAAAAUGACAAACAUGAUAUUGCUGCUUGUCAAAUAAAAAAAAUAAAGAAAUAGAAUGCCUUUUUUAUGUGGAUGGAGCAUCACACAUAAUAGUAUAAAUAUAAAUGUUCAUGAGUCAUCAAAGCAGCUAAUGAAGCUUUAGUUGCAUUUUUAUCUGAAUGGUUUAACUCGCUUUUUACUCCUACUUAAGUCCUACAUGAAAAAUGUGUAGAUUAUUGUUCUUGAAUGCAUAAAAAUGCAUUCAACAUAAAGAAUGUUUUAUUUUUAUGGACUGGAACUACAUUGGAUAUGAGCAUUUUGAAUGUUGAGGAUUUAAUUCUAUCAAGAGUUUCUGGUGAUAUGCUUACACCGCAGAAAUAAAGGAUGAGGAGAAUA